UUCAGAAAAAGACAACAAAAAGUUGGCCACAAGAAACUACUGCACAAACAUAUGGGAGCAGAUAAACAUGCUCUAAAUUUGAUUAAUUGGAUAGUUGCGAUGCCACUCCGUCUUUUGAAAGCAUUGGGGUCAUUUUCUGGACUAUACAAAGCGUGUGCAACGACCGUAUCGCAGUGCCCUCGUUUUGGCAGUGUGAAAAAUUUCCAAUUCCAAAGUCUACCAGGCCUAUCAGCUGAUUGUUCUUCCAGUGCUUCUGACAGCGACGUCAUGGCUUCCAAGUCCAUGUUCGAUUUUGAGACAAGAUACUUGAAGAAGGGAGCAACUAAUAAUUCAGUGGAAGCAGGGAACUUUUUCAGGAGAUAUGAUGCAAAGGGGAAGGGAUACCUAGAUCCUGAGGAUUUCUCCAAUAUUUUCAGCACGUUGUUCUCCCACAACGGAAAGCCACACAAUCUAACAGAUGAUAAAAAACAAGCACUUUUUGAUCAAUUGGAUAGGCAAAAGACUGGAAAAAUUACCUUGCCGGUGUUCAGUGAAUACUGGAGUACUUGGUUCAGGCCGAUUCUGGACCCCGUUAGUGUCUUACUAGUCAUCGAUGUCCAAAAUGACUUCAUUUCUGGUUCUUUGGCCAUGUCUGCCGGUGAAGCAAAACAAAAUGGUGAAGAAGUUGUCCCAGUCAUCAAUAAGCUUCUUGAGGAUGUUGAUUUCGAUCAUGUGAUUUAUACUCGGGACUGGCAUCCACCGGAUCACAUCUCAUUUCAUGAGAAUCGGCACAAGUGGAAGACGACACAAUGUAGUUCACUGAAAGCUGAGGAAGCCAACAUGUUUGAUACGGUGACAUUUGAGGGUGAGCCGUCAGUGAACCAAGUCCUCUGGCCAACCCAUUGUGUGCGGGAAACAGAGGGUGCUGCUUUACAUAAAGAUCUCAAAAUAGUAAAAGGAGGGCACAUCCACGACAAGGGAUUAGAGUCACAUGCAGAUUAUUACUCAGCCUUCAAGGACCAGUCCCGGACCAGGUGUACGUCUUUGGCUGACGAUUUGAUUAAACGGAAUGUUACAAAUGUAUACACGUGUGGUAUUGCUUAUGAUUUUUGUGUCGGUGAAACGUCAGUCGAUGCCGCCCAGUCAGGGUUCCGCACUGUGUUAAUAGAGGACGCCACUCGAGGAACAAGUAAUACUCUAAUCAGCAAUAUGAAGGAACGAUUAAAGAAUCUCUAUGUUCCAAUUGUCAAUGCAAGUGAGGUUGCAGACCUUGUGAAUGGAAAAGAUCGACGACCUGAAUUAGUUUUCCAGGCAACUCUCAAUGGACACGAUUUGCCAAGUUCGUAGGAGUGAACAAUGCUGAGAACAAAAACUUUGACAAAUCCAGAUAUUUAAAACAGGGUGAUACGCAUGGGAUAUGAAGAGCUUGGAAAUGAACCCUCAUACGGGUUUAUGGCAAACCAUGGAACUUUCAUGAACAUUAUCUUUUGACAUUGGACUAUUGUGUCAAUCACAACUUAUAAUGCGGUUUAAAACUUACAUGCUGUAAACACUUAUUUAAAGAAUUUAUUUAUACUUGAGUUUGUCUAUAAACAAGGUGUUUUAUUCCAAACGAAAUACAAUAUUCCCCAUAUUAGUUGA